AUGUCGCGGUCUGCAGCUGAUGCUACCCGGUUUACCGCUACCGGUCCCUACGCCUACUCGAAAUCUCCCAUGUCUUCCCCUUCCUCCUCGAAAUGGUCCGGCCUGAAGGUCCGGUCCUCCCAGCCGUCACAACCGUCUCCCGGCCAAGGGGCCCAGGAGACCGCGAAGGAAAAAGUUGAACGGCUACGGGCCCAGGCUCGCGCCAAUCGCAUUUCCAAGUCGUUUUCGCCCAUGGAUCGGAUAGUAAAUAGUGGCAGAACGUGGGCAGAUCGUUUCCACAGGGCGGCGGUGUUCUCGCUAAUCACUGCUUCUGGUAUUGCCGGAAUCCUCACUAUUUAUUCAAUGACAUCGCUAUUCAUGCACAACCGGCGGCAGCGGGAUCUAUUUAUCGAAAAGGAAUUGGAUCGUCUACUAGAUGCUAGAAAAGCAUAUGUUGCUGGAACUGCCACCCAGGAACAAUUACAACUACUACAAAAGGAAAAGGCUGCGGACGAAGAAAAGCGGGCACGAGACGAAUUGAAGAAGCAGACGAUGUUUUAUAAGGCCCGGAGCUGGCUCUUCGAUGGCCCAGGAGCCGUGAAAGCCACCAGUUCAGAAGCCGAGCCCCACGUCUCAUCGUCAGAAAUACCCGAUUCGAAAGCUGCUCAGGCUCCGGUACCAGUUACCCUUCCCUCAGACUCCCGGCUGGAGAGCGAGAGCCAAAGGAACGAAGCCACCGACUCCAAGGGAUUGGGGUCGAGUUGGACCAGUUGGGGAAGCUGGGGAAGCGCCGGUAAAUAA